AUGGAUGGAGAAUGGGAAAGCAGAGGCUAUUGCGCAGACAUGAUAAUUCCGAUCGACCUUAACCACACCUCACUCACCAGAGACGUCAACCGGCCAUUGCACGACACAGCUUGCAGGCUCACAAACACCAUGCAACCCACACUGGCCCGCAUGGGCCCGCCCAAAUAUGCGCAGAUGCCGAACCACCCCAUCCACAUCCACCCGGUCCGACCGCUGUACCGAUUCAUGGCUACCGGCCUCGGCGCCUCCAUGUGGUUCUUCUUGAUGUACCGCGCGAAGAAGGAUGGACCAGCGCUUCUGGGCUGGAAGCACCCGUGGGACCACUGA